AAUUCAACAUAACAUCGAGGAAGAAGGUCGAGAAUCGGCGAGCGAGAGCUCGCAGAGUGAAUCCAGUGGAAGCAAAAGCGAAUGUAACGAAGCUGUAGAGCUGGAAUGUUCAGGUGGUCAAGAGGUUAUGUCUGGAAUCAACAGAGCUAUUACCGAAUCUGAAGAGCGUGGUAAACAUAGCGACAAGGAUGUCGAGAAGGGCGACAAAGAAGGAAACAAAGAUGAAAAUAAGGAAAAUGAACCAGAAGUAGAUGAGAGUUUACUGAGUCUACUUGGAGACGAUCCUCAAAACUCGAAGGCUCAGGAAGUGUUUAUUCAUUCAUCGCUUAGAAGCAGAUGGAAAUACUGGAUACAAAACGGCCUGGCGGAAGAAGAAAGGGAGAAAAUCAUCAAGAUGUACAAAAAACCAACUUUUUUGGACCCGCCACUGCUAAAUGCGGAAAUAAAAGGCACAAUGAAGGAAAGUGCCAUUAAAAGAGAUACAUAUAUGAUGGAACUACAGAAUUUAGCAGGAACAUCCUUGACGGCAUUGGGCUCGUUGCUAAGCAUACUCAUGACGCAAAAAGAGUGCAUUGAUCAGGAGCUGUUUGUUGAACGACUGAGGGACGCAACCGAAUUACUGCUGUAAAUAAUGUACAAAUAAUCAAAAUCAAGGAAAGCGUUUAUAGCGCAAGGAGUUACAAAAGGCUGUAAAACAUUAGUAUCUGAAGGGAAAACAGAUAAGUUUCUAUUCGGUGAAGAUUUAGGAGAGAAGUUCAAGGAGGCAGAAGCUGUUGAGAAAAUAUCCAAGAAAAUUACAAGAGAAAUGCCGUUAAUAAGAAGGGAUUUAAACACAAAGAGCCUGCAGGGAAGGCGCCCGGCCCUGCAUAUAGGCGAUUUACCGUUUUCCCCUUUGGGGAAGUAUCCCCAGCAAACAAGCGAUCGGAAACAACCUCAUCAAAAACACAGACCGAGAAACUACAAAUAAAUGUAGGUAUAGCAGGUAGGCUACAAGCUUACGAAAGCGAGUGGCAAAAAAUCAAAAAAGAUGCAUUCGUGUUAGAUAACAUAAGAGGUCAUAAAAUUAAAUUUAGUAGAGAACCGCGACAGGAGAAACCUGCUAUGGUCGAAAUAAGAGCAGGUGAAGAAAACGCUUAUGUUGAACCAAUAAAUAAAUUAAUAUUAAAAGGCGCAAUUAGAAGUGCAAAUCUGGGAAAAAUCAAAUUCUUUCAAGUUAUUUCUUACGGCAAAAACCAGAUGGUACACAUAGUUUAUUAAUGGAAAACAUUUUAAAAUGGAGGAUCUGAAUAUGGCAAAGAAAUUGGUUUUUCCAAAUUACUUCAUGUGCACACUGGAUUUACAGGAUGCGUACUAUUUAAUACCGAUCCACAAAGAGUCGCGAAAGAACUUAAGGUUUAAAUUUGGUAGAACACUAUUCGAAUUUAUUUGUUUGCUUUUCGGAUUAUGUACCGCUCCUUUUAUUUUCACAAAAGUAAUGAAACCAGUAUUAAGUAAAUUGAGAUCGGCAGGUUAUUGUUCAGUUAUGUAUUUAGAUGAAUAUUUUUGUGCAGAAAAAGACUUCGAUCAAUGUAGCGAAAAUGUUACAGCAGCGAAGCGAUUACUUAAGAGUUUAGGUUUUUUAAUAAAUGAGAAUAAGUUGUGCACCACACCAAAAACUAGGUGUACGUUCCUAGGAUUCAUAAUACAUUCAAUUAAGUUUACCACAGAAUUAACAAGAAAGAAA